AUGUUACAAGGCUCAAAAGCACCUGCCUUGCAAAUGCCACUUAACCAAGCAUCUGGUGGUACUUCACAGAAGCUUCCAACCAAUCUAUAUGCACAGGUUGGUGCGUCUGGCAUUGGGAAUGACGACACUGGCUAUGGUUUUGGAGACGAAUUGAAAAACGACGAUGACGACAUUGUGUCUCCCAACAAGCGACAGAAGGUCACCAAUGUAACGACGGACGAUGGAUCGGAACAUGUUCAAAGUUACUAUACGCUAUCACGAGAUCAGACUGCUGCAAACGAUGAUUCGAAGUCCCGCCUGCGCGCACUUGGGGAUCCGUCCGAACCACAUAAGAAUUAUCCCCUUUUUGAGAAUCGGGACGAACGAGAGAGUAUCGGGAAUCGACUAUCGCAAGUGCAGCCGAGGCAAUGGGCGCCUACUAUAUCUAGUGGGCAGUUUCAAAAUCGAUUGAACACGGAGCAGUUGCCUACUUUAAGAAAUGUACAGCAGAACCUCUCUGGUGUCUCCAGAGCAAAUGGAGAUGGUUCGCGCAAAGACUUCCUGACCAGAAAGCACAAUGAUCGUGCUGAAGGAAAAACACUUCCGCCUAUGGGACAUGAAGAUCUAUUGAGCGUGCAGGAUAAUACGAAUUCGGAGCCCAAGGAAUUGCCACACAUGAAAUCAACUCGAUCUCACAGGGGCCCAGAGUCGAACAUUCAGCUGGAACAAGCAGCCACUCGAACUGGAAACGUUGAGGGUCAGGGUGGCAGUCUCACAACUGUCACACCAAGUACAGAUACCCAGCAAAAGAAACUAAUGGAUAGAAUACGAUUUCUUGAGAAAGAGAACACAAGACUCAAGAACCCCGAGGCACAGACGAACAUCUUGUUGAUAUAUCAUAUCAUGGACAACGGUUCCGAGUCCGAUGACGAUUCAACGCCAUACCUAGAUGCCCGUCAGUGGUCGAUUGGCGGCGGCCAGGUUUUCUUGAGAGCAGAAGCGCCUCUUGCCGAUCUGGAAGGCUACAUACAACGAAUGACCGGAAUUGCUUUCGUGGUCAACAAGUACUACAAAGCUCAUCAACAGGCCCGCGAAAUUGAGCAAUCCGAACGUAACAACACAGCACUUCCAUCGCCUGUGCCGAUCAGAGAAACAAUAUUACUGAAAUCCACCAGAAUGUUGGAAGCCAUGACAGCUUACAUGAAAGAGACGUGCGGCUUCACGCAGCAAUUUCCAGACUUCGACUCCCACAGACCAAUAGUGUUCCCAUAUCUUUUCUGGUUCUGGGACAGGCGGACCAAAGCAUUCAGAAACCUGGGCCCAGAGCAUCAAACAUAUCUGUUCGCACUGACAACUUGGAUCGAAAACAGCUACUGUGAUCUUUAUGAUCGCGUCGAGAAAGAAUUGUCGGAAGAAACCGUCAGUAAUGACCCCAUUCCUUUCCUGUUCAAACCAGAGGAGACAGUUGUCAUUAAAAAGGAGCAGACUUGGGUCGCUGGUGUGGUAACACAUUGCGCCUCACAUAAACGCACGGAACAACAGACUGUCAGUGAGUUCCAGUCUGUAAAAGACGACGACGAUAGUGCUUGGGGUCUGGUAUCACACUUGCAUGACCGCAGCAUGCAGAAGACCGUUGCUAAUCGGUCGGCCCAGAGUUCUUCGAAGAACACAAAGCAACAUGAAGUCUGGAAUGUGAAAUACUGGACUUAUGCAUAUGAUGGUUCCUUCUAUCGAGUUGAGCGGCAUGUUGAUGUCCUAUUGCCAACUGCCGAGAAAAAGGGAGUUAGAGAGCUGGAUGCUUACCCAAUCCGUUACGCGAGCAAGGACAACACCGAAAGAUUCAUGGUUGACUUUGGUACCUACAGAGAACUACACUCUAAAUCGACCUCAUUCAAUGACCAAUAUCCUCUCAUGAACGAUAGCAGCACACGAAGAAUGAGUGCGAGAAUCAUGGAGGCCGAUCAUCCACCACAAGGUGCAGAAUUGUAUGCGUUUCCAGCAAACAUUGUGGGUUAUAACCUACGUAGCAAAAAGUGGAGUACGUAA